ACUGAGAACCUGGUGAGCUGGCUGUCCUGUCCUAUCCGCUUCUCUCUCGCACAUGUCCGUGGAAAUGAGAGCAUGCUCGGAGGUGGUUACGUUGGAUGUGUGUACUGUAUAGUACCUGCGGCAGCGGUGGCCUGUGGAGCAUGGCAGGGAAGUGCGUUCCUCGGGUUGCGUGCGACAGGGCCCAGAUUCCCCGAAGGACGCAGGCAGGCACUCAAGGGCUGAGAAGUCGCGUGCUAAUGGUGGUUAGCUGCUGUUGCUGCUGCUACUGUUGCUGCUCGGAGAUAGUACAAAUGCUGGUCCUCCUUUCCCUGACACACGCGAGGCCCUGCGCUGCUUUUUUUUUUUUUUCCUCUCUACGUCCAGCGAUCCUUGAUCUUUUUGACCCUCCUGUUCAACCUGCGAGAAAUACUGUGCUUAGUGGCUGGCCACUGACUCUCUGAUACCCUCGCUCGCUUUGUUGGAUUCUCAGUGCACGUGAAUUGGGCCUUCCAGCACCAAAGGUAUCGAAAAGUACCAGCUACACAUCUUGCCACCAUGCCGAACCGGCCUAAGUUGGAUCAGUUUGAUAUUCGACAUGUGGAUCGUCGGGAGCUAUACACGGACUUCAAGAAGCGCAUCGCAUAUUUGAAGGCGUUCCUAAAUCUAGUGGAAGGUGCGGAUUUCUUUCCCAAUUGAUCUUA